GGGCUCCGCGGGGCCGGGCGCUUCCUGCUGUACUCCCUUCCGUGUACUGGGAGCCGCCCGGUCCGGCGAGAGAUGGAAGGUGAGGGGGGCCCGGGAGCGGGCCCCUCGGAGAGGUCCCAGCGCAGCAGCGUGUCCUCCGUGGGAACCCGAGUGGCCGACGUGCUGGUGUACCUCAUGGAUGACACUGUGGUGCCCCUGGCUGUGGAGAACGUGGCCUCCAUCACGGCCCAGGACCUUCACCGCACCAUCCGGGAGGCCCUGCAGCUGCCCGACGUGGCCAUGGAGGCCUUUGCCCUCUGGCUCAUCUCGCCCUUGCUUGAGGUGCAGCUGAAGCCCAAACACCAGCCAUACAAGGUGUGCCGGCAGUGGCCAGACCUGCUGUUCCGCUUCACGGACGCCCCCGAGGAUGACAUUUUGGUGGACGAGCCUUCCCUGCAGUUCCGAAGGAACGUCUUUUUCCCAAAGCGGAGGGAGCUGCAGGUCAGCCACGAGGACGUGCUGAGGCUGCUGUACGAGGAGGCCAAGUUCAACGUGCUGGAGGUGCGCUACCCCUGCGACGCCGAGGACUGCGAGAAGCUCGGGGCCCUGGUGUGCCGCCUGAAGCUGGGCCCCUACCGCCAGGGCCAGCAGACGGCCUGUGCCGUGAAAGAGAAGCUCGACUCCUUCCUGCCCGCCCAUCUCUGCAAGAGGCCUCACGGCCUCUUCACGGCCUUCCGCAGCCGGGGCCCCCGCCUGGUCUCGGGGGAGCAGGGCCUGUUGAGCGCCUACCAGGAGGUGAAGGAGGAGGCGUCGGGCCCGGAGGCCGAGCUGCUGACCAGGCAUUACCGGGCCUACCUGCACAAGUGCCACGAGCUGCCCUACUACGGGUGCGCCUUCUUCUGCGGGGAGGUCGACAAGCCGGCCCAGGGCUUUCUGCACCGAGGCGGCCGCAAGGCUGUGACUGUGGCCAUCAACCUGGAGGGUGUCCACGUCAUCGACACUAAGGAGAAGCACGUCCUGCUGGGCCUGCGCUUCCAGGAGCUGUCCUGGGACUACACGUGCUCAGGUGAGGACGAGCACGUCCUGUGGCUGGAGUUCGACGGGGAGAGCGAGGGCACGGCCGUCAAUAAGCUGCUCAAGGUCUACUCCAAGCAGGCAGAGCUGAUGAGCGGCCUCAUCGAGUACUGCAUCGAGCUGGGCCUCCCCAAGGAGCCGCCGCCGCCCCCCCCGGACACCAAGGUCAGCCCCUCGGCCAUCCCCGGCCCGCCGCCCCCCGCCGCCUCUCAGCGCCACAAGCUUCGGCGGCAGAGCAGCGUGGUGUGCAGCCGGAUCCAGCACCUGGCCACCAUCGACUACGUGGACGACGGCAAGGAGAUCAAGAGAGUGAAGCCCAAACGCACCACUUCCUUCUUCAGUCGCCAGCUGUCCCUGGGCCCGGCCACAUACGCCGCGGUCCAGCCCACGGACGGUCUGGAGCAGGGCUGAGGCCGGAGGGCAGCCCCUGCCUGAGCCGAAGCAGCACUACUGGAUUGGGGCCCGGACCCCGUCUGUCCCACCCUCGGCCGGGAAAUGGCGGAGACCCACGGACAGGCUCUGCUCUGCUGUCGUUCCUCUAAUUUAUGUGUGUGCUUCCCUUCGGUGUGUGUCUGGGACCCAGGGCCUGAGGUUUGGCAUUCGAUGCCUUGGAUCGGGCUCGGGCAGACUCUGGGUCCCCCAUCCCCAUCUGACCACAGCCCUUCCCCCAGUGUCAUCUGCUCUCCUGGGCCUGGGUCUGAGCCCUGGAUGUGGGGGGGCCAGCGUUUCCCUCCCCACACGCUCCUGCUGCUGUCCGAAUGGGCAGCCCUUGGGGGCUCAGAAUGGCUGGAUGUGACGGGACCCCCCUUGGACCCAGCUUUGUGUCUCCCAUCUCUACAUUCCUUCUGCCAGCCACGUCAUCCCCUCCCCUCACGGCCUGGCCCGAUGGGUGAGGGGCACCGACCCCCCCAAUGCUCUCCCCCAGCGCCCCCUGCCCAGCCUCGGCUGAGUCUCUGCCGAUAGAAGGCGGGUCGAGCGUGGGCCAAGGCUGGCCACGUGCCUGUUGUUGACCAAGAAACCAUCCUCUCUUCAUCCCCUGUGAGAGGCCUUGUUCUCCCACAGCCGGGCUCUUCUUGGGAGCCAGGCGGGAAGCCACCCACCCGCUUGGCCCGUGUGCCCGCUCGUUCUGCAGGAGCCUUCUGGGAGCUCCCGGGGCAGCCCUUUCCCAGAGCCUCAGUCAGGGAGGGGCCGAGCGAGGAGCUCCUGGCCGAAAGGAUGCCCCGGUUUGGCUGGGUGCCGGCCUUUAGGUUGGAGGGAAAAAUCGUAGAGAGGCCGUCUGGGCGGGAGCCAGGCUGUCCCCAUGCACCCACCUGGGUGGCCAGGCUCCACGGGCCAAGGCAGGACCGCUCGGCCCACAAAUUAAUUUUCUUAAGCACAAUCUGAAGGGAUGUUUUAAUUUAAAAAGAGGAGGGAGGCAGCUCGG